CUGGACCGCUGCAGAUCAUGCCUCUUGGCUCAAACCGAAAAUAUCGAUAUUAAAGUAACUCACCAGCUCUGCAGCUAUAUAAAUGGACCACUGUCUUCUCUCAUUCCGUUCGUAAUCCGUCUCUCGUGAUGGUUGCUGUCUCCCCUUUUCCUCUUCUUCGUCUCCCAAAUCUAAAAGAUGUUCUACUCAAUAUGGGAAUUAUCGAACAAAUCUGUUUCUCACUGGUCUCCAAUAAAACUAAGGACUUUAUCAGAAUGUUUCAAGUUUUCAAAGACGCAAACUUCUGUAUAGAAAACUGGAGAUUGAUUACCUAUACAUUGUCUGGAAAUCAAUCUAAGGCAACUUUUUAUUUCGAAAACGGACUAGUUACAGCGUACAAUCUACUUCAAACGAGAAUAUUUUCUGUACCACAAUUUGAUGUGAGGAGCUUCUUAAAUCACUUUCUGUCUAUAAUCAGCCCAUCGAACAUUGAUUUGUUUCACUUUCCAGUGUACAAUGAGUUUGACGAAGCCCAAUUCAAAUCACUCAGUGAAUGCUUGGAAAGUCAUGAGAUUUAUAACCUUCAUGUUUAUUGGAAAUUCGAAAUGGAUCCCUUUUUCAAAGUAAUCAAUGCAUUCUUACCUACCAAGCACCUUAAAAUACAUCCCACCUUUCAUCGAACACUAACCUCGUUUCAAAAGCUCUCACUAAAACGAAUUUUGACUCAGAAAUUUCAAAUACUUUCUAUCUUCCAAAUCGACAUCUCACUGGAUGACCUGCUUCUCACGAACUGCUCACGGAUUCACUGUUUUAGUGAAAUAUUAUCGAAUAACGACAUCAAUUUGUUCUUGAAGUUUUGGAUGGGCGGUUUGAAACCGGAACUUGAAACAUUUUUAGUUCAACGACAUGAAGAUACAUUUAACUUUGAUAUUAUUCUCGAAGGGAUAUCUCAAGAGUCGCUAUUCAGGGAGCAGGAUGGCGCGACGAUUCACUUUACAAAAAUAUCAUAAUAUAUGUUUUUCAUUGUUUUUUUUUGUGUGUAUUUACUUUCUUUUUGAGUUAAUAAUAAAUUUUUGAG